AUGCAGUCUUCAACCCUCAUCUUAGCACUCACCUUGAUCCUUUUUUGCAAAGCCUCGCCACUUGAGUUAGAACAAGCAGGAGACUCAGAAAUGGGGAAACUUCUUGAACGGGGAAAUUCUCAAAUUGAAGCAAAACCUCUGCACCUUUCUCGGGCCAUUUCACAAGCUGUUCCUCACCUAGAUUACGAGGAUCACAUAUUCAGCAUUGGAUCUAAACCAGAUCCACCACUUUCGCAAACUAGCACGGAAGGCGGCUCCAUGGACCCUCCUAAAUUGCACUUAGGAAAACACGCAAGGCCCAAAAAGUUCCGGUUGAUCUUUCGCCAAGACGAUUUACAAUAUCGCAAGAAAAGACAAAUUCAAUCUCAAAGGAUCUCCCUGUGUCCCGAGAUCAAGUACUUUUAUUCAUUUUGUUGGGCUUAUGGACCUUCUUUGUUAGAAUUGACUCGAUAG